AUGGCUAUCCUCAGUGCCCUCGCGGGGCUCUUCAAGCAGCCAGAGCAGCUCGCGCCCAUUACCGGGAAGAGAUCUCGAGACGAUGACGACCCCGGUGAGAAUGAGCACGCUGCCAUUCGUUCUCGCAUUGGCGACAGCGGUGAAUUCUCUCAGGUGUAUCGUGCGACGGAGGUGAAGACUGUCGCCCAGACGCCUCCUAGCGCAGCGCGCACCUGCUCCGCUAAGGCCCAGCGUAGCUCAAGUAGUACGCGUGCUCGGCGCAGUCGUACUGGUCCGAAGAAGCAAGAGGAUAGAGCGCGCUCCAAGAAUCUUGACGUCCAGAAGGCCGAAGCAAUCCCUCGCAGCACCGCCAGGCUUCCUACGCCGCGGAGUACCCAAGAAGGUACUUGCGACUCCACCACCGCCGCUCGCCCUAAGGCUGCUCCCGGUGCUCGUUGCCGAGCUUCAGGCUCCCCUACUCACGAGCAUCCCACACCAGGCGCUCCUUCAGGUGAAGACACCCUUCGGCAUGUCCAGCAGGCCGCUGCUUCUCACCCUACGAGACUCACCUCGCAUUUGAUCACACCCCCGGCCUCCCCGUCCCAUGAAAUCGAGGAGCCUUACUACCCCGGAACGAAGAUUCGCAUAACCAAGAACGGCCGAGCGUCGAUCUUUGGUUCAGGCCCAUCCAUUAAGGAGUUAUUGCUGAUUCCGGACAUCGCCAGCCGAAACCAGAGCGCCAACGAGCGCCAGAAGCAUAUCAACGAUUCGAAGAAGGACAAGGCUGAAUCCAAGACCCGUGGCGCAGUGCCAGCUGCUGAUGAAAACAAAACGGAGGGGAAGGUCCACCUUGUCCUUGACCCAAUAACGGAAACGGGUGUUGCCAGCUGUUCAGAGAGAGACGUUGAGGAGAGAGUCACCACUUCGACCACUUUUACCGUAGCCCGCACGGCACAGCAGGAGCAUGACCGCAACGCUGAUAGAGCCGUCAAUGCGGAAGUCCUGUGCGAAGAGUGCCGAGAUAGGCCUGCCGCCGUGGCUCAGGUGGUGGCCACUUCGGACGAAGUCGCUGAACUGCGGAAAGCACUAGCCAACUCGCAGAAGAUCCAUGCAGAGAUGCUAGAAACGAUCGCUGAAACGCGCAAAGCACUUGCCGACUCGGAGAAGGUCAACGCUGAGAUGCAGAAAGCGAACACUGAAAUGCAGAACACAAUUACGAACAUGGUGCUAGCUCUGGAGAAGAUGAUGCAAGAGAAGCAGGUCUUAGGAUCCAGCACCAGCCCUUCGACGGAGAACAAGGAUAACCACGACACGCCAGCGGUCUCAUCACCAGCUCCUUCUACGGAGGUCGCUGCUGCUGCCACAGGGGUUCCUCAGCCGACUUCCGCGAAUCUCGAGGUAUUAUAUGUUGUGCAAGAGAGAGAAGUUCCACGGAUCGUUGAAGUCGAGGAGCCCGCUCCGCAGCCAACAGCUCCCCUACCAACCCAUGCGCAGGUCCCCGAGCGUCCUACAGUCGUGCGCGACUAUUUCGGACCGCCAAAGCUAUACAAGCCUCUCACGCUGGAGCAGAUGGAGGGUUUAGUUAAAGGCUAUGAGAUCUCAAGCCGACUAGCCCGAGCCAACUGUGUGGUGAGGGCCUACCUCAAACAAGCAGGUCUCUGCCGAGACGAGCCUGCACCUGAGGCACUGUAUCAGCACCUGCGCCAGUACGGAUAUAAUGCACCCGCACCUCCUCCGCUCACUACUCCGGCCGGGCUCCAGGUAAUGGAAAUGGACAUGAGCCUAGACGACAUGAACGCCAGCCCCGUCGAGGCGAGCAGAUUGGUGCUCGCUGCCAGCAGAGAGGAUGCCCGAUUCGAGGAACAUGGUGCUGGCAGUCGGGUUGAACAGGACCUUGACGCCAUAAUCUCUCGGAAGCGGCCUUGUACCGAUGAAGCUAGCGCUGCGGGAGGAACGGAUGCAGGGUUUUAUAACGGCCCAAUGGCUUUGCAUGUGCCCACGGUGCAGCCUCCAAAGGGAGGUCAAUGUCGCAACGGCAGGACACUGAUGGACCAACACUCUUAUAUGACGUUCCCAAGACCUAGUCACCGCCAGAACAAUGGUCGACACCGCGCGCAAAACCCGGGCCCCCAAUCUCGCAAUCCGAUGUUUCGUCAGCUCGAGCAAGCCCUGCGCCGCGACCAUGGCAUCAACGUGCGCGGACAUGACCAAAAUGCGUCACCCAAUAUCCCGGUCGGCGUCACCGGCGGCAAUGAUCGUUUUGCUCGCGACCGCCACCGCGACCGCCACCGCGACCGCCGCCAAACUGGCCGCAACUUCCAGCAGCAUGGCCCGAUCCUUCCUCAUACUAGCAAUGCCAGAAUUGCUACACAUGGGCCAUCUAGAGCGUUCGGCAAUGCGGCUAUGGCGACGCCUCCGCCUUCCCUGCCUGCUGAGGUGAAGGCGUGGCAGCAGCCGCAGACUUGGCUCUCGCGCGAGGCGGAGGAGACGGACGAGAUGCUUUGA